CGCGUGCACGCGCGUGGUACCCACGGUCGUGAGGAGGAGGAGGAUGUUGCGCGCGAAGGGGAAAUGGCUGCCGAAAACAAGCCGGAAGGACUGAAGAAAAUUCGUAAUCCGGAUCGAAUGUACAGAUCAGCUGUGUGUUAUGCCGGCCAUGCUCCUCCUAAGAAUAUCAGUGAUGACACAGAGAUGAACAAUGAACAUGGACAUUUGAAAAUAUACCUGCCCAAAAAGCUGCUUGAAUGUCUACCAAAAUGCUCGUCGCUGCCAAAGGAGAGACACAGAUGGAACACCAAUGAGAGACAUCCUUCCAUGCAGGCAGACAUCCAUCCGCCAUAUUGGUUUUCCUCCUUCCUGUUUAUAUUGAACUUGACCUCUGAACCCUGAACUCCUGCAUAAUCUUGGUAAUCAUUUCAUUUUUUAUUUGAUACGUUUUAUUAAUUUCAAAAUUUGGCAAUUUUCUCAUCAUCAUAUAAUUUCCAGAUGUCAUUUCCAGAUGUCUUGUUAUUUAAUCUUCUUCAUACCUUUGUCCCUUCUGAUUAUCAUGAUAUGUUCUCAAUUUAGGCAUUUAGAAAUGACUGCAUUUUUCUAUUCAUUUAUAUCUGUGUCCUUUUCAUUAUUCCCUAAUUCUCUACAUUCUCAAUGACCUCCUCUGUCCUUAACCCGUAACACAUCUACAAAUACAUAGCAAUUUGUUUGCUCAUGUCUUUGCUUCUUAUUAUGUGUCUUAUUGUUUUAUUUUUAAUUUUAAUUUGAUAGAAUAUCUAAUUAGUCAUGUUUUCAUUGACAAUGUUGUUGUUUUUUUUACCAAGGAUUCCCAUUCCCCUCCUCCCUGUGUGUGCAUAUGUGUAUUUGUGUUAGAGAAAGAAGGAGAGAGCGGGAGACAAAGAUAAUUCAGUAUUAUUCUAUUAAGUAACUCAGUGGAUCCAUUUUUUUCCAUAUGUUAGGUAUCGCCUUUUACAAAUUCUGACUGAAUGAUUCUUGAAGGACACGCACCAAUCGGGUUAAUAUGAAAGACAUUUCCACCCCCUGCCUCCUGGCUGCCUGUGUGAGGGCCAGGGUUGGACAUGAGGCGAGCUGGCGGCAGGAGAGAAGAGGGGAGUCACAAGGUUGCCACCCAGAGCAGUAGACUUGCUUGUCUCAGCAGAGUAAACAUCACCCCUCGUCUGCACGCAGUAAUAGCUAACAGAGAAGGACGUGGACAGAAACACUAUGAGGAGGAUAGGGACUGGCUUCUGGCUCUGUCUAGCACAGCAGGCCGCAUGGCACACAGGCAUUCCUUUUUUAUCUUCUCCUUCCCAGUCCCCCUAAAAACAAGCAAUGAGUCUCCACCCUUGUUUAAAGCAGUGGGCACAGGCAUUAUCAUAGUCACAGAGACACAUACUCAUUCACCUACUUACCCAUACACACACACACACACACACACACACACACGGUUUGUGAUGACAGGACAGGGAUCACGCUGCAUUUGUUAACAAGUGUCCUAUCUGCCCCUCCUCGUAUUGGCUGGUUCAGGGUGAUGCGAUCGGACCUCUCUAAUGCUACUGCUCUUCUCCUCAGACAAGUGGAGUGUGGCCGGGGGUCGCAAGGGUGACUGGGUCCUAUCUGUGGCUCUGCCACAAACACACACAGGCAUGCAAACAAACAUACACACAGGUUUGUACAAACGCACACACAGAUUCGCACACUCACACACAGAGAAUCAGACAAACACACACACAGACUGUCUCUCACACACACACACACACACACACACGAGUGCAUGCACACACAGUCAGUCUGUCACGUCGGUGCCUGCUCUGCAUAAAGGAAAUUGUGAGCGAUAGAGAACAUCUUUGGCUCUGACCUGCGAUUGUUUGGCAGAUUUUUUGAUUAGCUGUCUUCCCCUGCCUGUCAACU